AUGGAACAUUACGCCCUUAUCGACGCAGUUCGCGGAAAAACGGAGCCGCUGCGGGUGGGAAAGAAUCUCAUUGGGCGGAGCUGUGCCCACCGUGUCGACGGUGCAUCGUUCAUUGGUUUAGAGUCCCCCAACGGCGCAGUGAGCCGAUUGCAGGCCAUCGUUGAGCUUGCGGAAAAUGGUGAUGCGUGGAUUAGUGAUUGCAACAGCACGAAUGGGACAUUUGUGGCCGUCAAGGAGGGACUUGGCAUUCGACUUCAACCGGAGCGCUUCUACCAACUAAAACCGGGCACACGUGUCACUUUCGGUGAUGCGGAAAUGGUCUUCGACGACAACUGCGUGUUGAGCGAUGCGUGCACGCGGAGGAGUGGUGUGCCCGCUCAAACGCCGUGCUCGUUAAGCACAAGUUUCGCCACACUCCCGGGCGGCGCGUGUGGAGAACGCGUUGGUGGAGGCGAUGGCUUACGCCUCUCCGCUGCUCUAGCUCCUUCGGUUGAUGUUGCUGCGACAGAGGGAUUGAGCGCCGAGGUGGAGGCACACGCAAACACCACUGCAGCAUGCGACUCGCACGAAGGUGCAUCAGGUAUGAGCACAAGUGGGCGCAAUGAGUCCACACCGUACCUCGACGAGGUGCGAAAAAACAACAGAAAGAAGAGAAGUCGUUCUAUCUGCGAUGCGACGCCGCACGGAUGCAUCAAUUCUUCGACCACCGCUUCCAUCGUUUCUCCUUCUCCUCAUCCUCCGCCUGCUGCAGCUGCUGCUUCUGUGCAGCGACUGCGGCGGGUGUGCUAUUCGGGCAUGGACGCAGAGGCGAAGGGCCGCGCGCAGAAAGUGGCGCGGCGGAAUGGCUGGUGCACAACGGACUCUGUCCUCGACGCGGAUGUUCUCAUCGUUGCUUCCCCAGCUGCGCGGACGCCGAAGUUUCUCGUCGCCGUCGGCCGCGGCAUUCCUGUGGUGACGGAGGCGUUCCUGGAGGAUGGGGAUGUGACGAGGCUGGAGAAGUACGUGCCGUCGCUGAGCCACGGCCCCAACGCUUACAGCGCGGAGGACCUCCGAAAAGUUGUCCAUCGCAGCUGCAAGACGCCACUCCUGCAGGGGAUGUCGUUUCAGCUGGGCGCUCUACCACCAAAGGCACGCAGUGUAGCGCGCGAGGUCAUCACCGGUUGCGGUGGGGAUACUUCGCGCCGCCAGCCGCAGGACACCGUGCACCUCACAGAGGAGAGCCUCGACAAGUUGUACGAUGCGGUGCUGCGCGGCGAGCGGCCGUGA